CCAUUGUCAGUGCAAUUGAACAGCAACCGAAGAAGAAAAAGAAAGGGGAUGAAGAGCAUCCACUAAUCGGCGAACCUGCCGCCGCCGGUGAUCCUGACCUGAUUUCAGCCCUUCCGGACGAAUUAAUACACCAAAUCCUUUUCCUUCUCGACUCUCCGAAACAAGCAGCGAGAACCGGCGCUCUGUCCCGAAGAUGGCUCCACCUAUGGCGAUCUUACCCGGUGCUGGAGUUCCGACGCGAGGAGUUCGACCAGUCCGCCGCGGGCGACGCAAAAUCCGCCGACUUCGCCGCCGCAGCGGCCCGGAGGAUUUCCCUGUACUUCGAACAUUUCAGGACGCCGCUCGAUUCACUGAAGUUCGCGAUGCCGAAUCGCCAAUCGUAUCCCGAGGCCGACAUGUUUCUAGCGCUGGCGUCGCCGAUCGCCGCACAGUACGGAUCGCCGUUCGAGGUCGCGAUCCGAACCGGCGAGUCCUACAGUUUCCCCGAGGGAUCGUUCUCGCACUGCAGCCGCACGAAAGUUCUCAAGCUCGACGGCGGCAACAUUAAGGGAUUGGGAAAGGUUUCUGUGCACGGUCUCCAGGUUCUUCAUCUCGACAAUCUCGUACUUACUGAACAAUUGCUGUACGAUUUCGUUGCCAGUGCUCGUAAUCUCGAGUCGUUGAGCUUGGGGGAGUGUUUCGAAAUUGGAAGGCUGGAGAUUUCGGUUGGUAAUUUCCCCAAAUUGAAAACCCUAAGCAUCCACGCGAGAGGGGAUUCCAAGCUUCAGGAAUUCCAGCUUACUACAGCCCCUUUUCUAGAGAGGUUAGUCUUCAUCAAGGCAGGGAACCCAUGUAAGCUGAGAACAGUAUCCUCAUCUGCAGCUCCGAAGCUCAAGUUUGUAAGGAUCGAUAGCUGCGACAGACAGUUUUCGCGGCUCGAUCUGGACGAUUUCAUUAUGAAGUUGCCAUCUUUGCAGGAUCUGUAUCUCGCCCGUGUGUGCCUCAAGGACAAGCUUCUCUGCACCCUCAUGGCCAAUACUCCUAAUCUCAGGUCAUUGAGGUUUUCCUCCUACUUCCAUUGGAUUGACAAGGUAGAGAUCUCCCACGGCAGUCUUUCCAGCUUGGAAAUCGUUCCCAAGGGGGGCCCAUUCAGAUUCCAGAUUGAGUUCAAGCUUACCUCAACCCCUUUCCUGGAGACUUUGAAGAUUGCAGAUUUUGUGGGAUUGUACAAGUUGAAUAUAGAAUCGCUAUCUGCAGCUCCAAACCUCAAAGUAUUGGAAUUUACUGUCCCCGAGGGGUUUACGCAGGGACAUCUUGAUGGUUUGCUUUCCAAGUUGCCAUAUCUCGAGAGUCUCUAUUUGGUGAGAGUGAAUGGGACGCACAGUGAGAUGAGGAGGCUAAGGGUCUCGAGUCAUCAGCUUCGGGUGUUCAAGUUGCGUGAUGCAUACGAAGCCCCAACCAAGCCAAUGCGGGUGCUUAAGAUUGAUGCUCCUAAUUUGGUGAGUGUUCAGUACAAGGGAAAUGGAUUAAGGUUUCCGGACAGUAUUAAUGUUCUCAAUGUGGCAUCUGACUGCCGAUUUGUAGUUCAAGGGUAUGGUAAGAUUGGCGAAAGAAGCACACAUUUGAAACAUGAAUGGUUUCUGCGAUUGAGGCAGUCUCUCUGGGCAGUGAGCCGAUUCCACCUAGUAUUGCAGCUGCACAGCUUGGAAUUGUCAAAACAACAGGUUGCAUUCGAUUUGAGAGUAGCUGAACGCAUUUCACCUCCUUGGUUCGUUCAACGCUUGGAUCUGGAGACCUCAUCUUCGGACGUGCCUGAUGAACACAAUUGUAAUGUAUUUCUUGGUGGUUUGUUCUGGGCAUGUCGGCCUAUAUCAAUCUGCAUACCUCAAAAACAUGAUGCAGACCGUAAGUUUGUCCAGUUAAUUUACGAGCAAUUCAAGAACAAAGAUGGUGCUAACUGUUGCGUGGGCGCCAAGUGUUGGCGACAUGAUCUAAGAGAAGUGAAGAUAGAGAAUGCAAGUCUCGACCAUAACAACACGACAAUAGAUGUUUCCCAGAAGGAGGAUCCAUCCCUGGCAAACCUUGAAGAGGUUUUGUUUAGAUUAACAUGGGGUUGAUUAUCUAUAGAGUUACUACGGUCACACGAAUCAGCUCUGUGGUGAAUUGAAAAUGGUUGACGCCCUUGCAGUCUAUGCACUACUAGAAACUUGGUCGCCUCAGGGGGCAUUUUAUGAACUCAUGCUUAGAACUUGUUGCUGGGGUGUUUCCACCUUUGUUGCAUUAAUAUUUAACUAG